AGCGUGUGAUCGAGCUAUCAACAAGUCGAAGCCCCAAAGAUCGCAUCUUUUUCUCUUCUUUCUCUCAAUCUCAAGGUCAUCCUUCUGGAAUCGAUUCACGCACGGGAUGGCCAUAUCCAAUCUUUUAUCUACUACUAUUACACCCCAACUCUUCUCUCACAGUAGUCACAGACCGUUUCUGCUAAGAAAACCCGCCGGAGCUCCGAGACGGAUCCAAGUCACGGUUCAAUCAAAGGGCAGCAGCACAGCGGAUGGGCCUGACCGUUUAAUUUCCGCCAUUGCUUACUUCUACCCUUUCUUCGACGGCGUUCAGUACGGAAAAUACGUCAUCACGCAGUUCACGCCGGUCCAAGCUCUGAUUCAGCCUCUAGUUCCGGCUAUUCGGGUCUUCAAGAGCUUCCCGCUCAAUGGGAUUCUGGUAUUCUUCACGCUUUACUUCGUCGUUGUCAGAAACCCUAAUUUCAGUAGGUACGUGAGGUUCAACACCAUGCAGGCGAUUGUGCUUGAUGUGCUCUUGAUCUUCCCGGAUCUUUUGGAGCGGAGUUUCAGCCCCAAAGAUGGGUUGGGGUUGGAUUUGAUGAUGAGCUUCGAUAGCACUGUGUUCUUGUUCCUCUUGGUCUGCUUGAUCUACGGCUCCUCUUCUUGCUUGUUGGGUCAACUCCCCAGAUUGCCCCUUGUUGCAGAGGCUGCGGAUAGGCAAGUGCUAUGAGCUUUUCCGUAAUUUAUUUGUGUUCAAGAUACUUUCUUGACUGUACACUUGUAGCUUGAUUAUUGCAAGAUAAAAUCUUUAUAUGAUUCAUAAUUUGCCCUGUCAAUUGUUGUUUGUUGUUGACAUAUUCUGAGGCUCUUUUCCUCUGAAAUUUGAGCAAUUAGGAAGUGUCUGAUACUAUGGCUUUAGAAUUCAAUGUAAGUUUAAAGUGUUCAAGUAUAGAUUCUCGAGUUUUUAUACUCUACUUAAUUGGAUUGUCAAUGCUAA